UCUGUACUCAGCGUAGAUAUACGUUUAUAGUUUGUUAACAAUGGACGGCGAAAAUGAUACAUCCAAAUUGUUCGUAAAUGUUCUCGACAACGUGGGAACACUCAUACAAGAGUUUGUUGAUCGUAAAAUUGAAUAUAAUACAACUAAUAGGUUUAAUACAAGUUGCUCUGACGAAGUACAGUGUGAGAAUGUAGCAUUGUUCUGCAAUUCAACGAUAAAACUAUGCCGAUGUGCCGAAUUUCACUUCUGGAAUGAUACAAUUGGAAUAUGUGAAUUUAAGCGGUCCAAAAAUAUGAUUGAUUGGUAUCCUGAUAAAUAUAAUUCCACUCCAAAAGAUGACUUCCUUUAUGUAACAAGUAUGAAUUUUGCAAACACACCAUCAAGAUAUGACGUAGCUUUGCCUGUAUUAAUCAUUAUGAUCAUAGGUUGUUUAUGCUUCUUGUCUUGUAUAAUUUACAUCUGCAAUGGUAAAAACGAAGUUGGUGCAGACAAAACUGUGUCCGCUGCAUUAUUUAAGCAACACGCACAGGCACAUAGAUUACAAACAUCAAUUGUACGGAACAUAUGAUUAUAAAGUUAUAACUGGGCAUAAUAAUAGUUAAUAACAUAUUUGACAUAAAAAUAUUAAUAAUUUAAUUUGUUGACAUUCUACCAACAUUAAAUAUUUAUUUUAGAAAAAAUAGUUUACAAAAUGGUACCUAUAUAUAGUCUUUUUUAAGGAAUAGGUAGGUAUCUUAGAACUCCAAUGUUUAAAAAAUAUUAAUUUAUC